GCGCAGCAGCAGAACCAGCAGCAGCAGCAGCACCAGCACCUGGCGAGACGGUAAAGAAGAUGUGGCAGCCCGCGGACAGAGCUCUCGUGUCAGGGGACGUUUCCUGCGCUCGCGCUCUCACCUCCGCGCGGAACACCAUGAACAUACAUGGAGUCGUUUGAGAGCCAUGCGUUUUCUCCCACAGUUGGCAGCACCAGGCAGGUAUUUCUCAGCCUACAGCCAAGGUAGGAGGCGGCGUCGCACUGGGGGGGAGAAGGAGGCAUCAUUAAACUUGGCAGCACCGGUGUUGGUUGCUGGUGUAGCGCGGACAACCACAGCUACCGAGUCUGGGACACGCGUGUUUAUAUUCCUUUUUCUACGUGUGCGUGAAAUUAUUUACAUCAACACGCAGCGUUGAAAAAAAGGCCCUUUGAAUUGCCGUUAUACACACAUUCCUCUCUCGCUCCCAAGUUCCACACAAACUCUGACGUGACUGUGACGUCUUUUUGUUAACGUUUACUAAAUUGUGAAGAGGAAAAUGGACGGUUAAUUGUUUUUUAAACUGUGUGGUGUAACGUUGGAAACUUUAGGUGAGGUGAUGUGGAGCAUCCCAGACAGAGGACCAACCCAGGACUGUCAUUCCACGCCAGCUGUGUGUCACUGUGGACGGAAGACGGAGCGUUAAAAACACACACACACACACACCCAGCACUCGGAUAAUAACGAACCAGACUCUGCGCACGUGAGCACCGGAAGCAAGACUCGGUGUCUGCCCGUCCAGCUGUGUUUGGACCAGCACCGGGUCAGUCAUGACGAGGCACUUCCGUGGUCUGUCAUCUCUGCAGCCGGUGGACGUGUUUGUGAAGUGGACCCGGGCUGAGGUCACGCUCAUCCCCAUGUACACUUUGGGUUAAACGCACCUGAGAAUCCCGUGGAUUACAGUUGGUAAUCUGGGACACAGACAAACCACCCACACACACACACACACAGCCUGCCACCCACCCCCCACUGUUUGUUUUCUGUUGUUUUCGCUGAGAAAUAACUUUUUUUUUUUUGGCCAUGCACUGACUGAGAAGUCAUCUGGAAGCCUUAGCGGGAGUCAAAUGUUUGCUGAGUCAGCCAUGCCUAUCACAAAAAAAGACACUGCUCGGGCCUUGGGGCUUUUGGAGGAGUAUUGCACUAAACUGAAGAAGCCAGAGGAGCAGCAGCUCAAAACUGCCAUUCAGAGAGUGAUGGGCGUUUUCAAAAGUAACCUGUUUGAAGCUCUUCUGGAUAUUCAGGAGUUCUAUGAGGUGACACUGCUGAACACACAGAAGAGUCGUGAGCAAAAGCUUGAGGAGGUCAUGCACAUGGCAGACAAGUGGGAGAAGAGCGUUUCUAUACAGAACUCCGAGAUCCCACAUUCGGUCUGUCCAAUAGAGGAGCAGAGGGAGCAGAGCAGCUCGGACACAAGUGGAAUGGAGCAAGGGGGAAACAGUGGCAAGAGCUCUGAGGCCACCAGCAGUGCAGGGGUCGCUUCACAACGGCCAGUCCCCACCCUGCAUGAACCCUGCCUUGAUGAACGCUCCCUGGGUGAGAAGGGGCAGUACCAUUACCAAGAAGACGACUCGCCGCCCCUCGACCAGGGAUUCCCACGGCUUACCAAUGAGGCGCGCUCUCCCGAGCUGGUGCACGUGUCUCAGAAGAACCUGUCUGAGAUCGAGAAUGUCCACGGCUACGUGUCCCACUCCCACAUCUCUCCUCUCAAGCCUGCACUGGUUACCCGUUUUGAUCUUGCAUACCCGAGUGUGACCACAGCAAACUACAUGGCCAGUCCUGCUCCGAUAAUCGUCAACACAGACACUCUGGAGUCGGUUCCUUACGUCAAUGGCACAGAAAUUGAAUACGAGUUUGAGGAGAUCACUUUAGAGCGGGGUAACUCAGGGUUGGGCUUUAGCAUCGCUGGAGGGACGGAUAACCCGCACAUCGGUGACGACCCUGGCAUCUUCAUCACCAAGAUCAUCCCUGGAGGUGCGGCAGCAGAAGACGGACGGCUCAGAGUGAACGACUGCAUCCUGCGGGUGAACGACGCAGACGUGUCCGAGGUCUCUCACAGCAAGGCGGUGGAGGCCCUGAAGGUCGCCGGUUCAAUUGUCCGACUGUAUGUGCGGCGCCGCAGGCCGAUGCUAGAGACCAUCAUUGAGAUCAAGCUCAUCAAGGGACCAAAAGGGCUUGGCUUCAGUAUUGCAGGCGGCGUUGGAAACCAGCACAUACCUGGUGACAACAGCAUAUACGUCACCAAAAUCAUAGACGGAGGGGCGGCGCAGAAGGACUGUCGGCUACAAGUUGGAGACAGGUUGUUAAUGGUGAACAACUACAGUCUGGAGGAGGUGUCUCACGAAGAGGCAGUGGCCAUUUUGAAGAACACGUCGGACGUGGUGUACCUUAAGGUGGGGAAACCCACCAAUGUCUACCUAUCAGAUCCCUAUGGGCCUCCUGAUAUCACACACUCUUUCUCUCCAGCCAUGGAAAAUCAUAUCUCUUCCCCCAUCAACAGUGGCACUCUGGAGUACAAGUCCGGCCUCCCCCCCAUCUCCCCCGGGAGUUAUUCCCCCCUCCCCAAGCACUUACUAGGGGAAGAGGAUAUAAACAGGUUGGAUGGUUUUUCCUUCUUACGAAAUCCUUCGCUAGACGACGGGGAGGGUCACAGGUUUGAUUCCCAGCACUUCCAGUUGAGGCCUCCUGAGCCAGUUUACAGCACUGUGAACAAACUAUGUGACAAAGCACCCUCCCCCCGACACUAUUCCCCAGUGGAGUGCGACAAAAGCCUCCUCCACUCCGUCCCCUUCCCAAACUAUCACUUAAGCCUGUUCCCUGAGUCGGACUUCACCAGGGAGCCCCGGAAGGUCGUGCUCCACAAAGGCUCCACGGGCCUCGGCUUUAAUAUUGUGGGUGGCGAGGAUGGCGAGGGAAUCUUCGUGUCUUUCAUCCUGGCGGGAGGCCCCGCCGACCUGAGCGGAGAGCUGCGGAGAGGCGACCAGAUUUUAUCGGUAAAUGGGAUUGACCUGCGAGGAGCCACGCAUGAACAGGCAGCAGCCGCGCUGAAAGGAGCGGGACAGGUGGUCACCAUCAUCGCCCAGUACAGACCAGAGGAACUUGCUCUUUGCUCACCGCGACGGGCCCACUCUCCUGCACCAGAGUACGGGCGUUUUGAGGCCAAAAUCCAUGACCUGCGGGAACAGAUGAUGAACCACAGCAUGAGCUCUGGGUCCGGGUCACUGCGGACCAAUCAGAAGAGAUCGCUCUACGUGAGAGCGCUCUUCGAUUACGAGAAGUCAAAGGACAGCGGUCUGCCGAGCCAGGGCCUCAGCUUCAGGUACGGGGACAUCCUCCACGUCAUCAACGCCUCGGACGACGAGUGGUGGCAGGCGCGCCGUGUCACCCCACACGGGGACAGCGAGGAGAUGGGCGUCAUCCCCAGCAAGAGACGGGUGGAGCGGAAAGAGCGGGCACGUCUAAAGACUGUGAAAUUCAAUGCCAAGCCGGGGUCGUUUGAUUCGAAAGCGUCAUUCAAUGACAAACGUAAAAAGAAUUUCAUCUUUACGCGAAAGUUCCCGUUCUACAAGAACAAAGAGGGCGGCGAGCAGGAUGGCAGUGAUUCCGACCGGAGUCAGGACGAAGUGGUUCUAUCGUACGAGCCCGUGAUCCGACAGGAAAUCAGUUAUGCCAGACCCGUCAUAAUCCUGGGACCGAUGAAGGACAGAAUCAACGAUGACCUGAUAUCAGAGUUCCCAGACAAGUUUGGGUCUUGCGUACCACCUGCUGUCAGUUCAGGGCUGCAAGACACCACUCGGCCGAAGAGGGACUACGAGGUGGACGGGCGCGAUUACCACUUUGUGAUGUCCAGGGAGCAGAUGGAAAAGGACAUCCAAGAGCACAAGUUCAUAGAGGCGGGACAGUACAAUGAUAAUCUGUACGGAACAAGUGUCCAGUCUGUGAAAUACGUGGCUGAAAGGGGUAAACACUGCAUUCUCGAUGUGUCUGGAAACGCCAUCAAACGACUACAAGUAGCACAACUUUAUCCCAUCGCCAUCUUCAUAAAACCUAAGUCUAUUGAUUCAUUAAUGGACAUGAAUAAGAGACUGACAGAGGAACAAGCCAAGAAGACAUUUGACAGGGCUAUGAAGCUAGAGCAGGAGUUUGGGGAAUUCUUCACAGCUCUGGUUCAAGGAGACACCUUAGAGGACAUUUAUGACCACUGCAAACAGGUUAUAGAGGAACAUUCAGGACCUUAUAUCUGGAUCCCCUCAAAAGAAAAACUAUAAUAACUCAUCACUCUGGAAGGGGGAGGAGUCUGGACUGCUAGAAAAAAAAGAAUUCCAUCUUGUAACAUAACGAUAACGACGACGAGUAGUCUUCAUCAACGAUGAAUAUGUUUUUCUCUGUUUCGUUUUUCUCUCUUUGGUUAUUGCUUCGUUUUUAUUUGAUUUUUCACGUCACAUGAAUGUUCCUGAAUGUAAAAAAACGGCAACGUGUUAGGACAUUUUAGCUUUUCAAAUGUGUGUGUGUGUGUGUGAGAGAGUGUGUGUGUUUAUUUCAAGAAAUAAAGGGAAAAGAAAAUGUAAAGGAAGUUUAAAAUAAAUAUGGGUUUGUGUCCAUGUCGGCACUGCGGGUGGUUUACACUUUGCUUUGGAAGGAAAAUAGGUUUUCUGACUGCGUCGCCCUCGCCCUCUGUUCACAAUGCAAAUAUUGAAUUGGAGUGUUUUUGUGUGCUCCCCCCCACACCCACCCUGAACACAGCACUGUCUUUGUUUACACUGCCAUUCCUUCCUUGAAUCACUGUAUUUAUUUCUCCGACAUGAUGACGAUGAUGUUGUUGAGGAUGUUUUAUGGAAAAUGUUUUAUUCAUUGUAAAAAAAAAAAGAAAAAAUGUCAUGUUUUCUUUUCUUAUUUUUUAAAAAACAAAAAAAAAAGAGAGGCAGAUGCGAGUUGUUCGGCUGUUGCAUCGACAAUGAAAUGAUACGAAAAAAAGGGAGGACGCUGCUAUUCGCUGUUGGAGAUUUAACACUAUAUUUUGCUACUUAAAUUGCUAGAGGGCACAGAAGCACAGGAUUAUUUAUUAAUUAUUAUUAUAAUUCUUGAUUAAACAGUCAUUGACAGAGCA